AUGAGUCGAAAAAGAGCUGAAUCUCUGAAAUCAGCGUUACCUCUUCCUGUUGGAAGUAAACCUCAGGUACCGGACGACAGAAAGCCACUACACAACUACAAGGACAGCGGUAUUGUUCUAUUAUCCCUCGCUCAAUCGCGUCAAGCAUGGACUUCUUCGAUAUUUACAAAGUUCUCACAUAAGCAAGAAAUCGAAUAUAAACCACAUUUGCCGGAAAAUACAAAACCGAAUCCGACGAUAACUUCGUUGGGAAAGUGUCAUAUCAAUAUAGGACCGCAUACUUUUUAUGAUACAAGGAUUUUAGAGGUGGUUUAUGAGAAAGAGGAGCCACCUGCUCCUUCUGCACCAGCGCUGCAACAACUCCAAAUAAAUACCGAUUCAGAGUCAUCAUCGUCGAAACCAUCAGCUUCUUCAAAAGUUGCAGCAAUAGCAUCAACCUCUGCAACUUCAACAGGCUCUUUGGUACAAAACCCGGAGCAGCAGCAGAGACCAAUACCACCAUCAACCACGCCGAUAUCAAUAUGUCCGCAACCAAUAGCUCCUAAUGUACAAUUACCACCGCAACCACAAGUGGUUAUAGAACAAACACCACUUCCGCAAGUAACAACUACAAGUCCACGCAGUUCAUCUUAUUCGCGUGUUCGACCUGUUGCUCCCGCGACUAAUUCACCGUCAUCGUCAUCUACAAGACCCGUGGCACCUUUGCCUGCUCCGCCUGCAACUACAUCUACUACCCCUUAUAUUUCUACAUUCUCAUCUACUUUACCGUCAAACGUGGCGGCAACAGCGUCAUCAUCGACAACGAUAACGACAACAACGCCACAGCUUACAUCUUUUAUGCAAACUGUCUUGCAAUCAGUCAAUCCAACUCAAAUUCUUGCACUACAAGCACUCCUUCGACAACAGCAAUCGGGUAGCCCGUUAAAUUUGGAACAGCGUAAUGCUCUUCUUCAACAAUUGACCGCACUCCAUCAACUAUUAAGCUCCACUCAACAUCUUCAAUCACAAACCAAUAUUCCCGUAUCACAGAUACUCCAGUCGCCACAACCUAUUGCGCCAACUACGCAAAUCCAAACUCCAAUAGCACCAGCAACAAACCCAAUUCAAAUGUCACGAACCCCGGCUCAAAUUCAACCUAAAACUAUGUUGGCACCUCAAGGGUCAUCCUCCUCCUCUGCAUCCUCAUCAGCAAGAACAUCAAUUCUAUUGCAACAUUCUCGUUCCACCGCUCAAUCAUCUUCUAUAAGACCUCAACGACAAUUUGUCAGGCAUGAAAUUAUAUUCGAGUUUCGUGAGAAUAAACAUGAUCGCUGGGUAUUUCCGAAAGAUGCGAUACUUGAAGCCACAUCAUCAAUGGCUCCAUUUGAGAUUAUUGCUUCUUUCUAUCUUACACCACACGAAGAAAAACCGUCACGUCAGAAACACCAAGCUGUAAUUAUGCAACUAACGCACGUAUCACAAAAUAUAUGGGAUGCGUUGCGAAGGGCAACAAAUGAAGCAUCGUUAACUUACCAAUCAAUGCUUCCAAAGAUAGCAUAUAACCCUCCACGUGUAUAUAUGCAUUAUCGAUUACCAUGCGAAUAUCCUGAUGAAUUGUUGGAAGCGAUCGCGCAAAGAGUGUCUAAGCUUGAUGGUACACUGCAAAUGGAGACUCCUGAACCACGACAAACCAAGAAGGCUAAAAUUCCUAAACCCUCCGAAGCUCCCGCUACAUCAUCAAAAGCUGGUUCAUCUUCCCCGAAAAAGUCUAAAUCAGUUCCAGAAUUAACGACCGCCACUGAAUCAUCACACCACACAUAUAGCACAAGUUCUGCGAAUAAGCGGUGUGCAUAUUGUGGAUGCAAAAGUACCCCAAUGUGGAGAAGAGGUCCUGAUGGCGCUGGAACUCUGUGCAAUGCAUGCGGCGUUAAAUGGAAACAAGGCAAAAUAUUAAGUGGUACGAAUACAACAACGCCCAGAAAUCGAGGUGAAGCUGCUGCUACUACAACUACUACCCAAAGGGGAAAAAGGAAGUUAUCCGUGUCGAUAAAGAAAUCUGGUACUUCUCACAGUGAAGAAGGAACUUUUACGGAUGAUGAAGACCAGAAUGCUGGUAACAAGACGCAAAAGACUACUCGAAGGAGAAUUUCUAUUUCGAAAAAAGGGACAAAUUCAAAAAGUGCUGAAUCUGCCAUUCAAGCAGGUUCUUCGUCUAUAGGUGGCAGCGGUACGAUACUUGGUGGUGAAUUAGCAGAGUCGCCAGACCCAACUUCACCUGGGACUUCAUCAUCUAAUAACACUACUAUUACCACACCAAAUCUUCCUCGUGUUACUACUAACACCACGAUAGAUGUUAACUCAUCAUUAUCAUCAGAAUAUCCAAUCACCUUAAAGUUAAUAUCGAUAGCAUUUGGUCCAAACAACGCGACCUUCCAUCACCCAAAUUGCUCAGUCGAAUUACACGAAAAUUUAAUCAAAAUAAAAUUAGAACGAGACGGUUAUGAGAAAACUACCAUUGAUAUCUGGAAAGAGAGUAUCGAAGAUAUUGAGUGUGUUGUUGAGCAACCGGAGGUUAGUGCUGCUGCUACUGUGGCUGGUGCUCCGCCUCCUCAGUUGUUGUUGAUUAAGGCAUUGGUCACGCAGUAUUUGACGCGGUUCGACCGGGAAUUACUAAAUCCGGAUCGAAAUGAAACCCUAGUGAUUCUGAAAUGUUUGAAUUCUACAACGAUCCGAGUGGAUAGUAAUGACACUACAAAUGUCGAAACUAAAGAAUUGAAAUCUGUUAUUCAACAGUGGUUACAAUAA